AUGCGAUUCGCUACUUCUAAGCACAGCAAUAUGUAUCAGCUUAGUCGAUGUAAACAACAUCGCUGUAAAUACGUUUGGAAAUCGGAAAGUCGAAUGAAUCUAAUGAGUUAUGCCAAUGCCGUCUUUUUCUUUACCUUUCAGGUGAGCAAAAUCAGUCUAGUCGACUUGGCAGGCAGUGAGAGAGCAGACGCCACAGGGGCCACAGGAGCACGUCUGAAGGAGGGUGCAAAUAUCAAUCGUUCCCUCACCACCCUCGGCAAGGUCAUAGCCUGCUUGGCGGAAAUGGCUGUGAGUUAG